UCCUCCCCGCAGGACGAGGAAUUCUACCUGGUGAAAUGGCGCGGUUACCCCUCCUCCGCCAACACCUGGGAACCUCGCCGCAACCUCCGCUGCCGCGGCCUCCUCCAGCAGCUCCACUCCGACCUGGCCAAAGCACCCGGCGGCCCCGUCCGGCCCGGCCCCCGCGGCUUACCUGCGCGAGCCGUGUCCUACCUGGCUCAGAAAGCCGAACAGCGCCGAGCUUUACGGCGCUGGGAACGUCACCUGAACCUCACCCGCAGCCACCUCGGCCGAAUCUCCGUGGAGAACGAGGUGGACCUGCACGGGCCUCCCCGCGACUUCGUCUACGUCAACGAGUACAAGGUGGGCGCGGGCGUGGCGCUGACCCCCGUGGCGGCCGGCUGCGAGUGCCGCGAUUGCCUGGCCGAAGCCACGCUGGCCGGGGGGUGCUGCCCGGGAGCGUCCCGCAACAGGUUCGCCUACAACGAGGCCGGCCAGGUGAGGAUCAGGGCGGGGUUACCGAUCUACGAGUGCAACUCGCGGUGCCGCUGCGGCGCCGAGUGCCCGAACCGCGUGGUGCAGCGCGGCAUCCGCUACGACCUGUGCAUCUUCCGCACCGGCGACGGGCGCGGCUGGGGAGUGCGCACGCUGCAGCGCAUCCGCAAGAACUCCUUCGUCAUGGAGUACGUGGGAGAGAUCAUCACCUCGGAGGAGGCGGAGCGCCGGGGACAGGUGUACGACCGCCAGGGCGCCACGUACCUGUUCGACCUGGACUACGUGGAGGACGUUUACACCGUGGACGCCGCCCACUACGGCAACAUCUCGCACUUCGUCAACCACAGCUGUGACCCCAACCUGCAGGUGUACAACGUGUUCAUCGAGAACCUGGACCAGCGGCUGCCCCGCAUCGCCCUGUUCGCAACGAGACCCAUCCGGGCUGGGGAGGAGCUCACCUUCGACUACAACAUGCACGUGGACCCGGUGGACGCCGAGAGCACCCGCAUGGACUCCAACUUCGGCCUGGUGGGGGGGUCCCUGGGGGGCUCCCCCCGCGCCCGCGGCCGCAUCGAGUGCAAGUGCGGGGCGGCCUCGUGCCGCAAGUUCCUCUUCUGAAACACCUGGGCCGCACCUGGACCACGCCUCCGCUCUUCUGAAACACCUGGGCCACGCCCACUGCACACCUGGGCUGAGUCUCCACUGUCCUGAAACACCUGGGCCACGCCCACUGCACACCUGGGCUGAGUCUCCACUGUCCUGAAACACCUGGGCCACGCCCACUGCACACCUGGGCUGAGUCUCCACUGUCCUGAAACACCUGGGCCGCACCCACCUCACACCUGGGCCAUGCCCGGGCUGU